CACAACUAUUGGAAGCCUUUCUCCCAGCAGAGGUGGAGUUGGUGGUGAGAAGCCGGAGGUGAGCAGUCCUCCCUGGGAGGACAGAUCCCUUCACCUUCAGAGGGUCACAUGCGGGGACAGCGUCAGGGCCAAAAAUGACCUCCAACAGCAGCACGGUGGGCCAGCUCCUUUGGCAUGGCCCAGUGUGCACCAGCUGGAAGCAGGAGCAGGAAGGGGCCAUCUACCACCUGGCCAACUGCAUCUUGCUGCUGGGCUUCAUGGCGGGCAGCGGAGUGUACGGAGGGCUCUACCUUUUCGGCUUCCUGGGCACAGGCUACCUGUGCCACGUGCUGUGGGGCUGGUUUAACGCCUGCGGACUAGACGUGGUUCUCUGGAGUGCCCUGCUGACGGCCGCCUGCCUGCUGCAGCUGGGACACCUGGUGUACCGCCUGCGCGUGGACACCCUCCCCGAGGAGUUCUGCCUCCUCUACAAGACGCUGGGCAUGCCCCUGCGGGUGCCCCUGCACACCUACCAGGAGAUCAUCCGCUGCUGCCACCAGCAAGUCUUGACCCUGGCCACAGAGCAGACCUACGCCGUGGAGGGCGAGACACCCAUCAACCAGCUGUCCCUGCUUCUUGCUGGCCGGGUGCGGGUGAGCCAGGAUGGACAGUUUCUACACUACAUCUUUCCAUACCAGUUCAUGGACUCUCCAGAGUGGGAAUCGUUGCACCCCACGGAGGAAGGGGUCUUCCAGGUCACUCUGACCGCAGAGACUGAGUGUAGCUACAUCUCCUGGCCCCGGAAAAGCCUGCAUCAUCUUCUGGACAGAGAGCGGUACAUCUCGGGCCUCUUCUCCGCCCUGCUGGGCUAUGACAUCUCGGAGAAGCUGUACACCCUCAAUGACAAGCUCUUUGCUAAGUUUGGGCUGCGCUUUGACAUCCGUCUCCCCAGCCUCUACCACGUCCUGGGUCCCUCAACCUCCGAUGGAGGCCUAGAGUCUGAGAAGGACGAUCAAGAAAACUGUGAGCCAGCCAUGUCGCCUGCAGAGGCUCUCCCCACCUCUGCCCAGCCCACACCCUCUGUGACUUCCUCUCCAAGUGCCACCAGCCUUCCCGCACCUCUGCCCCGGGCCAGGAUGUCAAGGCCCGACAGCAGCGUCCUGGGUGAGGACUCCACCAGCCUGGUGCUGGAGGAUUUUGAGGAGGUGUCGGGAUCAGAGUCGUUUAUGGACUACAGGAGUGACGGGGAGUACAUGAGGUGAGGGCAGAACUCACCCGGGCACGCCCAUCGCCUCGGGACCCCACCUUCUAUGACAGCUCUCCGAAGCUCCCCUCAAGUUAGGUCCAGGGGACAGGCCCCUUUGGUUCCAAUCCAUACCCCUGAACUUUAAGGACCACUGGGCUGUUGUCUCUGCAGCCAAGAGUUCUAUUUUUCACGUUCACUGAAUGGUCACUUGGACACACACCUCUCCUCUCGCCCACUGGAAAAUUCUGGGACAAGAUGGGAAUGAACAGAGGGUACCAGCACUGCCGCUAUCCAAAGUGACAUGGGAAGACUCACCCUCAUGGGCCUUGCUCCGAGUUCGAAGCUGGACUCCAUCCUUUAUGGCCUGCAGAACCUUGGUGUGUUUCUUACCUCUGCGCCUAAUCUGUCUGUCUGCAAGCCCACCC